AGAUAUUAGAUAUAUCUUUCUGUUGCCCUCUGCCUCUGUGUACUUAGACUACUAGAUACCUAGCCUACCUGCCUAUAUACCCAGGUACCUACUAAUCCAAUAUGUCUUUGCCCUCAGACUUCCUCUGGGGCUUUGCUACAGCUGCCUACCAGGUCGAGGGCGCUACCCAACAAGAUGGCCGUGGCCCGACUAUUUGGGACACCUUUUGCAGCAUUCCAGGGAAGAUCGCAGAUGGGACCGAUGGGUCCGUCGCCUGUGACUCCUAUAACCGGACAGCAGACGACAUUGCGCUCUUGAAGAGACUAGGGUCCACCUGCUACCGCUUCUCCUUAUCAUGGUCACGGAUCAUCCCCCUCGGUGGUCGAAACGAUCCCAUCAACCAAGCGGGCAUCGACCACUACGUCAAGUUCGUGGAUGAUCUUCUCGAAGCAGAUAUCGUGCCCUUCAUCACACUGCUGCACUGGGACGUGCCGGACGCGCUGGACAAGCGAUACGGCGGCCUCCUGAACCGGACCGAGUUCCCGCUCGACUUCGAGCACUACGCGCGCGUGGUGUUCAAGGCGAUCCCCAAGUGCAAGAACUGGAUCACGUUCAACGAGCCCUGGUGCAGCUCCAUCCUCGGCUACAGCACCGGCUUCUUCGCGCCCGGCCACACCUCCAACCGCGCCAAGUCCGCCGUCGGCGACUCCAGCCGCGAGCCCUGGAUCGUCGGGCACAACCUGCUCCUCGCCCACGGCCGCGCCGUGAAAGUGUACCGCGACGAGUUCAAGCCGGCCGACAAGGGCCAGAUCGGCAUCACGCUCAACGGCGACUACACGUACCCGUGGGACCCGGAGGACCCCCGCGACGUCGAGGCCGCGAACCGCAAGAUCGAGUUCGCCAUCUCCUGGUUCGCCGACCCCAUCUACCUCGGCAAGUACCCGGACUCGAUGCGCAGGCAGCUCGGCGACCGGCUGCCCGAGUUCACGCCCGAGGAGCUUGCGCUCGUCCAGGGCUCCAACGACUUCUACGGCAUGAACCACUACACGGCGGACUACGUGAGGCACGGCGACGGCAACCCGGCGCCGGAGGACUUCCUGGGCGACCUGACGACGCACGCGCACAGCAAGAGCGGCGAGUGCAUCGGCCCGGAGACGCAGUCGUUCUGGCUGCGGCCAAACCCGGCAGGGUUCAGGGGGCUGAUUAAUUGGCUCAGCAAGCGCUACGGGUACCCGGCGAUCUACGUGACGGAGAACGGGACGAGCAUCAAGGGGGAGAACGACCUGAAGGAGCCCGAGAUCCUGGAGGACACGUUCCGCUACGAGUACUUCCGCGACUACGUGCAGGCCAUGGCGCAGGCGGUCAGCGAGGACGGGUGCAAUGUGAAGGGGUACAUGGCCUGGUCGCUCAUGGAUAACUUCGAGUGGGCCGAGGGCUACGAGACGCGGUUCGGGGUCACGUAUGUCAACUAUGCGGAUGGCCAGCAGCGCAAGGAGAAGUACAGCGCGCGCAAGAUGAAGGAGAUCUUUGAUGCUGUCAUUGAGAAGGCUUAGCUGCUGGGUAUGUAGUAGUUAGGCAUAUGCGGGUAAUGAAUGGUGGUGAUGGAUCGUGAUGGAUCGUGAUGAUAGGCGAAGGAGAAAUGCGGAGCAAUACGGUCCGGGGGAUUUUAUAUCUUUAUAUCUUGUUCCUCCCUCUUUGUCAUCGUAGGUACGUGAUUUUUUAUCCGAUUUUGUCCUCGAUACCUCAGGUAAAUUAGGAGUAUAUAUAUAUACCGUA